GCCCCGUCCCGGCCUCUGUGACGUCACGCCGGAACCUGGAAUCCCGGCUGCGGCGGCGGCAGCGGCGGCGGAGAGUGCCCGGCGGCCUCUGCGGAGCGCGCAGCCAUGAGCGAGUCCAGCGUCAGUGCGCUCCAGUCCGGCAGGCCCGGCAGGCAGCCCGGGGUCCACCCAGAGAGUCAGUCUGUGGACUCGAGUGGCUUCUCCUCGCCACCUGUGAACUUCCUUCAGGAACUGCCCAGCUACCGCUCAGUCGCACGCCGGAGGACCACCAUCCUUCCCCGGGACAAGCAGAGCGGCACCCUGCUGAAGCCCACGGACUCCUACGGCUCCCACCUGGAGGGAGGGAUCACCAAGAACCUCAGCAGCCAGUCCAUUCGCAAGUACGCGCUGAACAUCUCUGAGAAGCGGCGGCUGAGGGACAUUCAGGAGACCCAGAUGAAGUAUCUGUCCGAGUGGGACCAGUGGAAGCGGUACAGCAGCAAGUCCUGGAAGCGGUUCCUCGAGAAGGCUCGCGAGAUGACCACCCACCUGGAGCUGUGGCGGGAAGACAUUCGAAGCAUAGAAGGGAAAUUCGGCACUGGGAUUCAGUCCUAUUUUUCCUUCUUACGGUUCCUGGUGUUGCUGAAUUUGGUGAUAUUUCUGAUCAUCUUUAUGCUGGUCUUGCUCCCUAUCUUGCUGACCAAAUACAAAAUUACCAACAGCACUUUUGUGCUCAUUCCGUUCAAAGACAUGGAUAUCCAGUGUACAAUAUACCCGAUAAGCAGUUCCGGCCUCAUUUACUUCUACAGCUACGUCAUCGACUUGCUUUCUGGCACUGGUUUCUUGGAGGAAACCAGCCUCUUUUAUGGACAUUACACCAUUGAUGGUAUAAAAUUUCAGAACUUCACCUAUGAUCUGCCCCUGGCUUACUUGAUAAGCACAAUUGCCUACCUGGCCCUGAGCCUCCUUUGGAUAGUGAAAAGGUCGGUGGAAGGGUUCAAAAUCAACCUGAUUCGGAGUGAGGAGCACUUUCAGAGUUACUGCAACAAGAUCUUUGCUGGCUGGGACUUCUGUAUCACCAACCACAGCAUGGCGGACCUGAAGCACAGCAGCUUGCGCUAUGAGCUCCGAGCAGAUUUGGAGGAAGAAAGAAUACGGCAGAAAAUAGCAGAAAGGACCUCAGAAGAAACGAUACGCAUUUAUUCUUUGAGACUAUUUUUGAACUGUAUUGUUCUGGCUGUUUUGGCGGCCUGUUUUUAUGCAAUCUACAUAGCAACUAUCUUCUCGCAAGAACACAUGAAGAAAGAAAUCGACAAGAUGGUGUUUGGAGAGAACCUCUUGAUACUGUACCUACCAUCCAUUGUGAUCACGCUGGCCAAUUUUAUCACCCCCAUCAUCUUUGCCAAGAUCAUCCACUACGAGGACUACUCCCCGGGCUUUGAGAUCCGGCUGACCAUUCUUAGGUGUGUCUUCAUGCGACUGGCCACCAUCUGUGUGCUGGUGUUCACGCUGGGCUCCAAGAUCACAUCCUGUGAUAACGACACCCUGUGUGAACUCUGUGGCUACAACCAGAAACUCUACCCGUGCUGGGAAACCCAAGUCGGGCAGGAAAUGUACAAGCUGAUGAUCUUCGACUUCGUCAUCAUCUUGGCUGUGACCAUCUUUGUGGAUUUCCCAAGAAAGCUCCUGGUGACCCACUGCUCCUCUUGGAAGCUGAUCCAGUGCUGGGGACAGCAGGAAUUUGCCAUUCCUGACAAUGUCCUGGGCAUCGUGUAUGGGCAGACCAUUUGCUGGAUCGGAGCCUUUUUCUCACCCCUUCUUCCUGCAAUCGCGACCUUGAAAUUCAUUAUCAUCUUUUACGUGAAAGAGCUGAGUCUUCUGUACACCUGCAGACCCUCCCCGAGGCAAUUCAGAGCUUCCAACUCCAAUUUCUUCUUCCUGUUGGUGUUGUUGAUUGGGCUGUGUUUGGCGAUAAUACCUCUGACGAUCAGCAUGUCCCGCAUCCCUUCCUCAAAAGCCUGUGGGCCGUUCACCAACUUCAACACCACCUGGGACGUCAUCCCCCAGACGGUGAGCACCUUCCCCAGCUCGCUGCAGUCCCUGGUCCACGGCAUCACGUCGGAAGCCUUUGCGGUGCCUUUCUUCAUGAUCAUCUGCUCAAACAAAAGAAAACCUGCUCCAGGCGGAACGCGCCGGGCUGUUCCUCUGGUGGCCUCCCGGGUGCGGACGCCCGUGACCCGUCCGUCUUGCCUUGCAGCCUGGUCAUGUUCUACUUCAUCGCCCUGGCCGGAGCUCACAAGCGGGUGGUGGUCCAGCUCCGGGAGCAGCUCUCCCUGGAAAGUCGGGAUAAGCGCUACCUGAUCCAGAAACUAACGGAAGCCCAAAGGGACCUGCGGAGCCAUUAGGCUGGGCGUGAAGAGGCUGCGCUGUGUGCGUCUCAGCUGGCCGCGUGACUCCGUGGUGCCCACAGAGCCCACCUGGGUUUGGAGUAGAAAUGUAAAAUAUGUUUUUCUGGAAUUCAGGCUUCUCCUGACGGGACUCUGUACGUUUGGCUCUGGUGGCUUUUCACGUAACCCAGCCCCAUCCGGGGCUUUCGGUGAC